CGGCGCCGAGCGGAGUGGCCUUCCGCGGAAGGGAAGAGUCCCGCAGUCGGAGGCGGCCGGCUGGGCGUGCGCUCGCUACCCGCACCCGGGGCUGGACCGGAGCCGGGCGAGGGCUGGGGCCGGGGCCCGGCCAGCUUCGGCGAGCGAGAGACAGCGGCCGGAGCUGGGCAGCCAGGCCGCAUCCGGCAGGGAACGGCGGGCGCGGGGUCUGCGGUCUCCUGAGCCCCGAUGUGAGGCGGCGGCGCCCCGGCCCGAGCGCGCACCAUGGGGGCCCCGCUCGCCGCGGCGCUGGGCGCCCUCCACUACCUGGCACUUUUCCUGCAACUCGGAGGCGCCACGCGGCCCGCCGGCCACGCGCCCUGGGAUAACCACGUCUCCGGCCACGGGGCGCGUGACCUGUCAGAGCCUCACCGUGGUCAUCCCAGCGGGCACCCCAGGCACCCGUCCACACGCCAUCUUGCAGAAGAGGAAAUGGGCUUAAGAGCCCUGUUCACAGAGACGCCGCACGACAUGACUGCACGGACGGGCGAGGACGUGGAGAUGGCCUGCUCCUUCCGCGGCAGUGGCUCCCCCUCCUACUCGCUGGAGAUCCAGUGGUGGUACGUGCGGAGCCACAGGGACUGGACCGACAAGCAGGCGUGGGCCUCAAACCAGCUAAAAGCAUCUCAGCAGGAAGACACAGGGAAGGACGCCACCAAAAUAAGUGUGGUCAAGGUGGUAGGCAGCAACAUCUCCCACAAACUGCGUCUGUCAAGGGUGAAGCCCACGGACGAAGGCACCUACGAGUGCCGUGUCAUCGACUUCAGCGACGGCAAGGCCCGGCACCACAAGGUCAAGGCCUACCUUCGGGUGCAGCCGGGGGAGAACUCGGUCCUGCACCUGCCCGAAGCCCCGCCCGCUGCGCCCGCCCCACCCCCCCCAAAGCCGGGCAAGGAGCUGCGGAAGCGUUCGUUGGAUGAGGAGGCCUGCAGCCUCUAGACUGAUGCCCACCUGGCCGCCCACCCACCCCGCGCCCCUACAGCUGUACAGAGUGCAUGAGGAGCCGCUGGACCCCUGGGGACGGGACCGCCUGGGUCCAGCCGCCUCCCCAUCCCCAAGACUGCCUGUGGCCACCACGUCGGCCCUCUGCCCACCACUCCCUUGCUCAGCAUGUAAGCCCUGCCCGACCCUCCCUUUUCAGAUCCCUGCGGUGACCUGGCUCAGAGAAGGUGGCCCCGGGCACUAAGGGGACGACCGCCCCGAACGCCGGGGUGGGCACCAUGCCAGGGCCAGGUUGCCUCUCUGUCACCAGCUUCAGUGGAGUCCAGUGUUUUGCUUUGCUUGCUUGUUCCCCAUCCUGUCCCAAGCCAGGGCCUCCCAGCUUUAUUCUCCCUCCUUCCCCAUCAUCCCCCGCUUGAACCUGGGGGUGUGGACAGUGACCCCUCCCUGAACUUGGACUUGAAUCUUCUGAGCAGAACUAGGGCCUCUCCCUUGGCGACAGAGCCCCCAGGAGAGCCUUGCUCUGAGCCCGUGGCCUGUAAACAGGGUCACUCGGGCCCUGGGAGGAGAGGGAGACACCUCACUGCCUCCUGGUGGGUCCUUCCUGUCCAGCUUCCUUAUACCUAAGAAACAGCUCCCUGUCCCACCUUCUGCAGAGGUGGGGGGACCAGGAAUCUGCCCGUUUAUGUGGCGAGUCCAAAGGAGGGCCUUUUCCCCUCUGACCCAGUGGCCCAAUGCAGAGUUUUGCACCAGCAGGACCCCUUUGAGGGUCUUCGAGGCUCUCCCAGGAGCCCCCCUCUGCCAGCUUCCAACGUCCCAGCCCCCUUCUGGGGCCCAUGCCACGCCCACUCAAGGGCCUGGGGCUGUUGGGAGCCCAAAGCCCCCCAGUACCAACCUCCUCACAAUUCCUAAUCAGGGGGGACACCCGCCCCCUGGUGAUUUGUAAAUAUUUCUAUUGGGCCCAACACCCCCUGGGAACUGGCUCAAACCUCUGGCCACCCCUUAGUGACGGGAGUUGGGAUAUGGGAGAGGCCGAGGGCUCUGCCCGGGGGGUGUGUGUGGGUAACCCUGUACACAUGAUCCAAUCCGUGACUAACCAGCCAACCUGAAUAAAGCGGUUUAAAAAAAACAAAACAAA